AUGUCCGCAAUAGAUUUCUUGCAACCGGAGCGAUUGGUUUUAUCACCUAUCUAUGGAAAGGAAAGGGCUAGUCGAAAGACUAUUCUGAGCGAUGAUGACGAAUCUGUUUAUUCUCAUCCAUCUAUGAUUAACGACUCGGAAAGAAUACCGGAACGUGUAAUUUUAUCUUCGUCUCCACUUAACAAUGGAUAUCCUCCGCAAAAUGUGGCAACGGGCACCAUAGCCAGUGGUCUAACUGAUCUGGGGACAUCUGUGGUAUCCGUGAAUCAUACAAGAAUGAGACCAUCGGAAACACUCGACAGUGGCAUCGAUUCUGAGAACAGAGAUCCAAAUCCGGAAACUAUCAGCUCGGUUUCUGACGACAAGGGUAGAGAGUUGAUUGAUGGGAAUCUGAAUCAUCCGAAACCCGCUGAUUCAGCGACAGGAAUAGAAGUUUCGACGAAUAACUUCAAUGGCUCUGGUACUGAUCCACCUGCUACGAAUCUCCUAGAAACCUUACAACCAGCUGAAGAGAUCAGUGCAAUACCGCUUAACGAAGGCAUCGUAAAAGUCGUUGCACCUCCGGAAGCUCUGGAAGACUUGAAUAAUGACGUUUUCGAUGACGAUGAUGUUCACACCGCGAAGGCUCAAAACGAUGGAGCCGUUCCUAUUCCGCAAGCUAACGUCCAGGGCGAAUCCAUAUUUGGUACAUCGCUUCAUGAUGAGCUGAUACUGGCUGAUGUGAAACCUGGCAGUAACAGUCUCUUGAGCAGAAGCUGGAAAAAGCCAACGACAACUUCUUCAGAACCAGAAAGAAGUGGUAGCGCUUUGCUUUCGUCGUCGUCAGGUACAGAAGCUGAUGGGGGUAUUGUGAGCUUUGACCAAGCGCUAAGAUCAGCAAUGGAAACCACUGGUUCUCCUGAUAAGGAGUUGGAUUUGGAUGACACGAGGGAGCUGGGCUUCGAGACGGAUGUGGAAGAUGCUGACGAUGAGCACAAAUCCCCGUCUCGAAAGGAAUCCGCAGCUCUUUCGGAGCAAGUGACCUCGAAAUUGACAACAAUUCCUCGUGAAGUGGGUCUGGAUUCACAGGAUUUCCGCUGCCCAAUGUGUAGGAAAUCUAUUGGAGCCGCCUUUUCCAAAUAUGGAGUGUGCGCAAUCGAUGGUUUGUACUAUUGUGCGGAUUGUAUGCGUGCUGGUGGUGAAAUGCCAGUACCUGCUCGAAUACUCCGCAGUUGGGACUGGAAACCCCGCACAGUGUCGGAUAGAGGACGUGCUUUCAUAGAAGCCAAUCAGGACAAUGUCCUAGUACACAUUGAUCUGCAUAAUCCAUCUCUGUACGAUCACGUGCCAUUGUUGAAAGCAAUGAAGGUGUGUUUUCUUAUAGAAAUUAGUGCUAGAAAUUAG